GUGUAUCCGUUCAGAACGAGCGAUACGCACGCAAGGAGCGCGCAGCUAUCGCUAAACGAGCCCAGUUGCCCCGCCAGCGCAAAGGGGAGCUUCGAAUUGCCACAGCCUAAAACACUUUCUCCGUACAAGGGCGAGGCAAUCCGCGGGACUAACCAUGGAUGCGCAGAUUUCAAGAGGUCUCCUGCUCGCAUAUCUGAUGAUGCUGGCUACUGGAUACGCUGCGGCCAGUGGAGGCUCCGGGGGCUCGGACAACGACGGAGAAAAUGCCAUUCUUCCGUGCGGACAAGGCGAAGUCUUCAAGGAGUGCGAGAGCAGCAGUUGCGCCGAGCUGACUUGCGCGAGUCCAGAACCAACCGACGAGUGCUCCAGGGAUUGCGUCUUUGGCUGCUUCUGCAAGGACGGGAUGUAUCGCAACACCGAGAAGAAAUGCGUCUCCUUGGAGAACUGCUCGUAACCGUGACGGCCGAAGAGCUGAGAUUCGGUUGAAGUGACUCGUUCUUCCUGGUUUUAAAAUGUGGUACGGAUUGCGCCAAAGGGAAUCCAUACGAACCGCUGAAGGAUCGAGAAGGACACUUGCAUCUAUAUAGCUAUUGUCCUUGCUGAUAAUUGUGCACGGUUUAGUUAAGGCGUCUUUUCGUGGUGGUUACCUUGGAUACGCAUGCUGAUACAUCAUUUUGUGAUUCAAUAAUAAAAUUUAAGAUUUUAUCCACUGUUAAUGUUUGUUUGAGACAACCUAAAAACGUAAACAUAAUUAAAAAGCGCGUAAAGUGGUUUAGUUUCGCUUGCAGAGAAUGCUAUACCUUGGGAUUUUGUCAACUCCCACCUUAUAUGCCCUUAUACAUCCGACAUUCUCUGCAGCGUCAUACAAUGAAACGUGUUCGUUAUAUUUGUCACGGGGAAGGUUUAGAUAAUGCAAUCAAGAAGAAUGCACAAUCCAAAUUCAAACGAAUGUUACGCCUAAUACAAGAAAGUGCAAUAAAUAUUCUACUUUAAAUGAAGUACUGCGGGAAUAGUGCUUUCUCUGUAUUCAGUUUCACCACAUGCACUUUUCACUGUAACAUAUGCUUCAAUUCUGCAGAACAGCAAGUGUAGAGGAAGAGACAAUAAAUUAUGGUUUUGGAGAGA